AUGAAUCCUGAUGGUUUUGAACGUGCACUGAAUACGGAACCUUCACAGCGUGCUUGGCUAACAGGAAGAACUAAUGCUAACGGAGUCGAUCUGAACAGGGACUUCCCCGAUCUGGACAGUAUCUUCUAUGAACUGGAGAAAAUGAAGGUGCCAAAAUAUGAUCAUCUGAUGGAGCUGUUUGACGAUGAUAAGGAGCGUCAACCCGAAACAGUAGCAGUCGGUCGAUGGACUUUGUCGCUGCCGUUUGUGCUCUCUGCAAACCUUCACGAAGGCGAUCUUGUCGCUAACUAUCCAUUUGACGCCACCACUAAGGAAGGUGCCAGUGAAUAUUCGGCAUCUCCAGAUGACGGGACAUUUAGGUGGCUCGCCCAGACUUACGCCAAGAAUCACGCCCAUAUGGGGAUUAACGAUCAUCCACCAUGCGACGGCACCAGCAAGGACGCGUUCGCCAGACAAGGAGGAAUCACAAAUGGUGCCAAAUGGUAUUCGGUCUCGGGAGGAAUGCAGGAUUUCAACUAUUUAGCCACGAAUGACAUGGACAUCACACUUGAGCUCAGCUGUGAAAAGAUGCCUGAUGGGAAACUAUUGCCGCAAUUCUGGGACGACAAUAAGAAAGCCCUCAUGGAAUACAUGUUCACUGUCCACGCCGGUAUCAAAGGUACUGUGACCGAUGCUGAAACUAACGAACCUAUCUUCCAAGCGGGUAUAUGGAUUCGUAAUGGUACCUCUAAGACUCCCAUCCGCCAUCCGGUCACCUCAUGGGUUCUUGGCGACUACUACCGUAUUCUGCCACCAGGAGAUUAUGAAGUGAUCGUUACCGCUGAUGGUUACGAGCCAGCUGCUCGCAAUGUGACCGUCACUAACAAAGUCCGCGAUAGCGCCAUGGUUGUGGACUUUGCUCUGAAACCUCUCGCUGAACAGGAACCAUCUGUGACCGUCACUAACAAAGUCCGCGAUAGCGCCAUGGUUGUGGACUUUGCUCUGAAACCUCUCGCUGAACAGGAACCAUCUGAUGAAGAAAUCGCUGAACUAGUCGAAGCACUUCAAGAACAACAACAAGAAUAA